CUCUGGCAAUAAGAAGCGUCCAAAAUGGCCUCUUUACUGCAAGGCACGAUUUUUGAAAUCAGCGCCCAAGCUCCGCCGCCGAGCAAGGAUUAUUAUCAGCUUUUAGUUACCAAUUCAACGGUAAUCUGGAGGUGGUGGAAAAUUUCACUUCGGAGUGAAUUUCGAAAUGUGAAUCCCGGUGAACAAAAGAACUCUUACCAGGACUUCUUAGAUGAUCUUAAUCUACAAGUUCAUGUUGCUGUAAUUUUCGGCCAUGAUAUCCUCAAGUACGUUUGUAACCUGUGUCAACAGCAGUUUGAUUAUCUUGAACGUCUCCCUGAAGGCUUGCUUCUUUAUAUAAUUUCAUUUCUGGAGCUUGAAGACAUCGCCAGACUUUCCCAAGCAUCCAGAAAGUUUAAAAAAACAUGCAAUUUGGAUGAACUCUGGGAACGUAUUGUUUUGAGAUAUUGUGAUACCAUAACCCCUGAAAUGCAAGCACUGGCUUUAGAGGUUGGUUGGAAAGAGAUCUUCUUCACCAACAAACUUCAGCUACAGAAAAAGAUCCGAAGAAGACGACAAAGAGUUGAGGAUAAUGCCGAAGAUGUGCCAGAUUAAGACCAUGUGUUGUAAACUUUGUUGGUGUAUGUACAAAAUUGUUUGCUGCACAUACAUUUAUAUUUCCAUUUAACCUGCUCAAAUAGCACCCAGGGUGCCUUAAUCCUUCAUCUCAUGAUGGAUAAAAUUGUUUAGUAAGUGAUUAUAAAUUUAUUACAUAUUGGUGUUUUUUUUGUAAAGAUUCAUUAGAUUUGAAAUUGAGCCAUGCAGCAUCCAUUUUUCUUUUACAUAGCAGCCAUGUAGUGGUAUAAGCCUAAAUCCACGGAAUGGCUAGCAGGAGGUACACCAUUUGCCAUAGUGGGUAAGAUGAAAGCAGAGAUGUCCUUCACCCAUUCCUGAAGCAGGCAUUAGUUCCUUUGUAUACACACAUAAAAGAGACCUUGCUCUAUUUAUAAUCUCUAAAUGAUGUUUUGCUCUGGGGAAAAUUCUUUUUUAAGAAGUCCACAAUGAGAGCAACCCCAGAGAAAACUUGAAAUAUAACUAUAAAAUUUUACUGUUAAAACCUUCUUAUUCCAUUACUUCCCCCAUCCAUCCCUCCAUUGCCCUAAGAAUCUCUGCUCCAAACUUAUGAUCAGCACUAUUUUCCCACCCUCUUUUCGAUCAUGAAUUUCUCACCUUUCCGCACUUUCCCAUUCUCCGUCUGCCCAUCCAUUGUUUUAAUCUGUGGUUCUAUGAUCCCUAGAUCUCCAACACUCAUGACUCACGAAUUCAUGGUGCCAUGGGUUGCUGCCAAAUGCUGAUACUCUUUUUUUUUCCCUGCCCUCCCCCUCCCCCCCCCACCCACUACUACCUUCAUUUAUCAUCAUUUGUCCAGCAACCCCUCCAUGAGGUUACCUACAUAUGUGGUUCAGGCCCUGUAUCUUGGGUUACUCAGAUAUGUCCAUCCAGAGUGAAAGUACCCUGUGCAAUGGGGUGUGGGUUACUGAUUUUUGGAACUAUUCUUCAGGAAUACUGAGCUAAUUCUAAUGUUACAAUAGAAUAGAAAGCAAAUAUUGCAGUUACAAAAUUGUAUUUUGAUUUUUCUAUCUAGAUAUAAUUUAUUGUUGUUUCCUGUCACUAAAAUGUGUACAUCUAGUAUUUCCCCUAAUUUUAACUCCCUUUAGUUUUUGUAAUUAUGAAAUAAUCUUCAAACCAGCUGUUUUUUUUUGCCUAUUAUGCACUUGCUUAGACAUAGCAGCAAUGACUAUGUAGUGCAUAUUGGGGAUUAGAAACAUUUCUGUUUUUAAAAUCCUAAUUUCACAUACAACCUUCCCUCCAGUGAUCCUAAAUAAGUGGUUUUAAGCAACUUCAGUUUUGUGUGAUGCAAGUAGUUACUGGUUAAUAAACACUUUAUUGUAUAUUGGC